AUGGAGAAGCCACGGCUGCCGAUGCGGCGCUCGAGGGGCUCUCUGAGGUGCCAGAGCGGCACAAUGGCGUUGGUGUGGGCGGUGGUAGUGGUGGUGCUGACAGUCACCGCAACACCACCGGCAACGCAGCAGGCGAGUGGCGACCGGCCGGGCCGUACCAAGGCCUGCGAGGAGCUGUGCGCGCUGACGUGGCCCGAUUACAACUGCAACUGGAUAUGCACGCGACUGGCGGAGCUGCACUAUGAGGGCAGUGAGUCGCCGUGCUGGGACAUCGGGUACUGCAAGGAGCGCGAGAUCCGCGAGGUCCAGGAGAAGCAACGCCAAGAGGAGCGCGAGAAGGAGCGGCUCCGGCGGGAGGCCCUGGAGGCGGCCGAGCGGCAGCGCGAGCGCGAGCGGCGCGCGACGGAGGAGGCCCGCCGGCGGAGCGAGGAGGCCGCCCGGCGCGAGAUCGAGGAGCAGCGCAAGGCCCUGGCGGCGAGCGAGCUCGAGCGCGAGCGCAAGCUGCUCGCCGACGAGUGG